GGCGACGCGGUCUGCGGAUAAAUGCAGUAAACAAAAAUAUGUUAUAUUAUUAUUAUUUCAUUCUUAAUUUCUUAGUUCUUAUUAAUUAUAAUAAGAUUGUGUUUUAAACGGUUUACGAAUAAAAACGAUUACCGAAAACGACCAGUUAAUAAUAUAUUAAUAUUUUUGUUUCUGUUAGUGGCGUACCUACCGCACAGCCAUGCCGAAAUACUAUUGCGAUUAUUGCGACACGUACCUGACGCACGAUUCGCCAUCGGUGAGGAAGACCCACUGCCAGGGCCGCAAGCACAAGGAUAACGUCAAGUUUUAUUAUCAGAAGUGGAUGGAGGAACAGGCGCAGAACCUGAUCGAUGCCACGACAGCUGCAUACAAAGCUGGUAAGAUCGGCAUGAAGGGAGUGUGUAUACCACCACCGAACAUGGGCCAAGCGGCGCCACAAAUGCCCAUGCCACCUGGUUCCAUCAUGCCGCCCGGACAGAUGCCAAUGGGCGCACCCCCAAUGAUGUCCAUGCCGCCAAUGAUGCGACCACCCAUGGGACAGAUGCCGAUGGGGGCCCCGCCGCCAAUGAUGCCCCCGAUGCCACCAAAUAUGAGACCGCCCAUGAUGGCCAAUCCACCUCCUAAUGUCCAAGCUCAACAAUAAAAUAAGUACACAAACUUGUUGGUUUGUAUUAACAAGACAGUCAUUAAAUGUUAUACAGUGUAUAUUAAAUAUUUCCACCUCAAUUCUCACCAUUAUCUACAUAAAAAAAUGUUAAUAGUAUUCAAUAUCAAUUAAUAGGUAACUAAAAUAUGUACUAAUAAUAUUUAGUAUAGAUUAUGGACUAUAAAUAUAGACAUCUUCAAUUUGGAUAGUUUGGUUUGAUUAUAGCCUAUUUGUAUGGUUAUGUGAGUGAAAUAUUGUAUUUUAAUAUACCAAUUAUAUUACAUUUUUAUAUAAUAUUUUGUAUUAAUUUUAAAUUAUAUGUAAUUGAAAUACUAGUACAUUCGUUUUUAAUAUUUUAUUAUUAAAAAAAAAAAAAAAAAAAAAUGUUAAUUAUGCUUCAUUAUUGUUUUUCCUUGUCAUCUUUAACUAUUUUAAGAAUUAACUAAAAAGUAUUUAUGUAACUAGUCAUAGAAAAUCUAAAAUUAAUAAAUCCUAAUUUUUUACUGAGAAA